GCAAAACUUUUGUUCCUAGCGUCUGUAGUAACGAAAAAUUCGGUUAACUCUUACAAUUGAACAAUUAAUAACAUAACUCAAGUUCGGCCGCCUUCUUUUAAGAUAAAAUGAUCGCAUCAAAAAAUUCGUGGACUGGAUAACUGAUAGAGAAAUUCUGAAGCAGUCUAUCGACAUUUGAUCAGGAGUUUCCGACCGAUAGAUCGUGCGCUUGUCUGUUCCUUCCUUCGUCGAAUUCUUCAAAAUAUCAGACGCUUUCUCUCAAUCAAUGGAGCGAUUUGGUGGAUCAUUGCCCGUUAAGGGUUACAGUGGUGAAAUGGCUGGGAAAAAACGCGUUCAAUUGCCAGUAGACCUCGGAAAAGGUAUGUUUAUAGUUUAUAUUUUAACCUCUUGAAUUGUUUUAAAUGUACGCGCGAUGCUCAAGCGAAAUUUUUAUUUUAAAAGCAAAACUUUCUUUGAGAGUUUGAGUGUUGAAUGAAAUUAUUAUUGGAAGCUUACUCGCUGGUGUAAAUUAUCUAGACAAGGAAGCCUUUUCUUGAAUUUACUGAAUCUAAAAAUUUGUGUUUUGAGACUUAACCACAACAAUUCAAUGCUCAACAAUUAAGAUAUAUUAAUAGCCGUUUAAUUUUUAAUUAUUGAAAUCUGCAACAGUACAAGUUCCAUGUUUCCAGUGUCAGUUUUAAUUGCAAACACUGUCAAAGCUCUUCACUUUCAAUUGCUGUUUUAAAUUUAUCUUUGUAUUUCAGUGACUUUGCCCCAUCCCAGACAAUGCAGACUACUUUCAUCUUUCUGGGGGCUGGCAGGAAACGAUAUUUUGUUGGAUUAUUAAUUUGCGUAAAAAUCCUGACAUUUUGGUUGUCCAUAGGUUACAGUUCUUAUGACUCAAGUAACUUAUUUCACAGUACCCCAAAAACAAAGGUGAGUGUUUGAACGUGAUUUUUCGUUGUUGAAACCUGGGGGCUUAGAUGGGAUAUGAUUUCUCCUAUGGUAAUUAAAGCUGCACCGUAGUAAAUUUUUCUUUGGUUUUUGUUUACCGUGCUUGCAUGCAGUUAGAUGUGAAUUCAUUACUAGGGUAAAUAAAACAAGUAUGGUUGCCAAAAAGAAGCAAAAUUAUAUUUUAUUUUUUAAGUUGAUAAUCUAUUUAAUUUAUUUUUCCAAUAGCCAAUAGUUUCAUCCUUUUCAACAUCACCCAGUAGCUACAAACCUAGAACAAGCAACUCAAGCUAUCAGCCAGGCAUGAGUCCAUCUCGAGCAUCACGGAGUAAAUCUCCCCUGCGGAGUGCAAGUCCUGUCCGCCACUCUGUGAGUCCUGGCUUAAAUAGAACUACAAGUCCAAGGCUACACAACAGCUCACUGUCUCCAACCAGUAAACAGGUUUGUACCGGUUAUAAAAGAAAAAGCUAUUAAAAUACAUGUAGAUGCAAAGUCAAGACUGGUUAGCUUCGAACAUACCAUGCGGAGCCUCUGGAAAUUAUGUUUUGAUGUUAUUGUGAAGAAUAUUUUUGUGGCAAAUCUUUUGACUUGAGGAAAAGCAUUUUGUGGCAUAAUAGAAACUUUUUGCUGUAUUAUGACCUCAUGAAAAUCAAGUGCCAUAUAAUUUCCUAAUUAUUUUUUGCAGUCCACCAGAAUUUCUGUAAAAAUGGUGACAGUACAUCAAAAUUAGCUUUUUUUUACUAAUACCAAAAUAAUAACAAUAAUAAUAUUAUUAUUAUUAUUAUUAUUAUUAUUAUUAUUAUUAUUGUGAUUUUUGUUCUCAGCUCUCAGACGUUGACAGUGAUACCAUCCAAAGGCAGAGACGCGAACUCCAGUUACUCAUAGGAGAACUUAAAGAUAGAGACAGGUGAAAUAAAUGUAACUUUCUAUUUUAGGCAAAACUAGUCUGACAACUUUGAUGCUAAACAGUUGCAGGCCACAGUCAUAGAGUAUUUGAACAUUUGUUUUUUGUUUUGUACCUGUUUAGAGAACUGAAUGACAUGGUACAAGCUCAUCAGAAACAGAUAGUGGCUUGGGAAGAGGAUAGACAGAGGGUAAGUAAGCACUUGAAAGAGUUGGGGUUCAGUUUCUGGACAAACCUCAGAAAAAGGUCAAGUUUGAAAUCCUGCUUUCCUAGGCUGGUAAUCAGUACUUGUCCCUUGUGAUUGGAUGGGAUUAUUAGGCGAACAGAAUAAAGAUAAUCCCUUUUGUUACCUUCAGCUUGUGCAUUACAUGUACAAGUAGCUUAAUUUCAUCAUGACCUUUUUCACUUUUUUACACAUAAUAUACCUGAUGUGGAAAUGAUUUGAAAGGAAAUAUAUGAAAUGACUGAUAUUUUGAACUGCGAAGUUAUCUAAGAUCAAGUUUCAAGUUCGUUUUCAACUGCAUAGGUUGUUCUUUUAACUGCGAGGAUCAUUCCCACUUUCAUACAUUUAAUAUACACAGUUCAAAAUAUGAAUCAUUUCAUAUAAUUUCCUUUCAUGUCAUUUCCACCAUCAAGUAUAAUUUUAUUACAAACUCACAGUGGCCUGCUCUCCAGUUGCCUUGAUUGGCGUUACAAUGGAUAGAGCAUUGUGUGCAGUCAUUGCAAAGGUUUUUUCCAUUCAUUUUUAAUGUCUUUCACCAUCGUUGUUGCUAAAGUUUCCUAAUCCUGAUAAUGAGGUUUUCCAGCUGUAAAAUGAAUGUUUGUUCUAAAAGAAGUCUUGUAGCUUUAGGUUGAUGUUUUUACUGUAAGAGGGAAUGCCAUGUCAGAUUUUUAGAGGGCCCAUUGACUAAAGAUUAGAGGUGUUUGAAAGAAAUUCCACAGAAAAAAUUCCACAACAUGGUUGUGCUCAAAAUCGAAAAACCAAUGGGUUACAUCAUCUUUAGGCUGACAACUUAUAUUCUUCCCCUUCUUGACACAGGUGUUUGCUCUUGAAAAACGGUCAGCCAGGCUAGAAAGUAAGUGAACACACUAUUUGGACAGGUCAUGUACAGCUUGAUCACAAUAGUUGUAAUUAAUUGCAGUUGUAAUUGCAGUGUAAGCAAUUUGCAAAUAAAGCCGGUAGAAAAACAAUUUGUGGCUUUUGGGGGUUACAUAUAGCAGCAUUAUUUCUAGGUCCUUCAUGCUACUAACACUGGACUGACCCCUGCCGACAUGAACCUCAUUAGCUCCAAACACUCCUGUUCAUUUUAUUUUCAAAUAAUAACAUUGUGCAAGUGUUAUUGUUUGAGUUGUUUAUUGAAAUUGUUAAUGUUUAUGGCAGGUGAACUUAAAAAUAGAAAUGAACAAUUAAAGGGAUUGCAAGCAAGGUUUGAGAUUUUUUAUACUAUUUCUAAAGAAUUAUUGGAUGGGGUUUAUGUGAUAUCCAGAAUAAUCAAGACCAAACACUUACCUCAACCUUGAUUAUUCCAGAUAUCACAAAAACCGAAUCUAAUAAUAAUUAUUGUUUUGUACAUUUUUUUGAAGAAAAUAAGGUAACACAGCAUUAUAUGAAACACUGUUUGAAAUUUCUUUAGGAAAUGAUGCAUUGCCACACAACCUACAGAUUAGUCACAAAUCUGCUAGUAGAUAAUUAACCCCAAUUUUUUACUGAUCUGUAGGUUGUGUUGAUUUCCAAAGUUAUGACAGAUAGAUAGAAGACAGAUAGUGUGCACAGUGUACAAUAGUGCAACUUAUUGGUACAAAUUUAAAUGUUUUUUCUGACGUACAGUGUAGUGAUAAAAAUCUUAUGCAGUACAUUAUUUCAAAACAUGAAUUAAAGCUAUCAGAAGUACAUAUAGCAAGAUCACGUUUUUUGAGUGCUUGAAAAGUACAACGAUAAAUAGCAGUUGUAGGACUUUUCAAGCAUAAUAUUUGUUUUCUUUAUGGAAUUUUAAAGGCUCAAAGCUUCUGAAACUGAGGAAAAGAAUAAAGUCAAGGAACUUGAAGAUACACAGGUUUGAAAACAGCAUUAUGUUCACCUUAAACGUUCUAUGAAUGGUGCACCAUACUCCUGGAAAGUUCAUUGCGGUUGUACAACAUGCUUCCUGAAAUUCUACCUUAUUUCAGACCAAAACUCAACUUGUGAUUUUUCCACCUUUAUUAUCUGCAGUAAUUGUGUUGACUCAAUGAAGCAUAGUACCUAAUUUUAGUCACCAGUCUCUGCUUCCAGCCUAAAGCUGCAUUUCAGACCCAAACGGUUAACAUGUGAUGACCAAAUAAGAAAGUACAUUGCAGCUCCUCCUCACCCCCCUUCUGUCUAGGGGACCUACGUUUUGAUGAUUUGAGAUCGUAUAAAUUUGAACAACUUUCUAAUUAUGUGCUGGUUUGUUUGUUCAUGCAGCUACAACUACAGCAAGUUUCUGAACAUGCAAAUACGUCUCUUCAUCAAGUGCAAGAACUUGAAGUAAGUCACUUGUCUGCCACUCGUCGUUAAUAAUUUAUUUCAUUUAUCUGCUUGCUUAUUUGCCGUUCAUCUUACUAAUCAUUAGAAUGUUCACUUCUCACUUUAUAGGAAAAGAAUAGCGCUUUAACAUCAUCAAUGCGAGAGUUAUCAAAUACGAUAGGACAGCUUCAAGCUAGAGAACAAGAACUUUUAACAAAACUUAAACUUAAGGUAUGUUAGACAAGCCAGACAUCGAAAAGUGAAAUAGUAUCAUUUGCUAAGUUUGUCUUAAUUGACAAAUGGUCUACCUUUGACGUUUUUAAUUUUGCAUUUUGAUGUAACGUUCUGCCGAAACUUCUUGUCUGGGGCCCUUUUCUGGAUGAUCCCUAUCCAAAAAGCUCUUUUAUGUAUGCCGUGUCAACAUUCAAUAUCCAGGAUUAAAUUAGAAAGCAAUACAAUGAAACUGUGAAGGACAAAAUGGAAAUUUUUUUCUGAGUUAGGACCCAGUUAGGGCCUUUUUACAUGAAGGUGGGGGACCCCAGGUAGGUGAGGUAACAUGUGGCAAGUUACCCCACCUGACAUGUAAACGUGACCACGUAAAAUGAGAGAUUAUAUGGAUAGGCAGGUUACCCCAGCUAAGUGGGUUACCUCACCUACCUGGGGUCCCCCAACUCUAUGUAAACAGGCCGCUAGGGUUGAAUCAGUUUGAACUCGACCAACACUCUUGUCCAUCCCUGUCUUGAUGAAAACACUGGCAAUAUUGGGGACGAGUGCUGCUCCUUAAUUAACAACAGAGACCUUUCGUUAAAAACCACAAUGCCUAGAAAAACAUACGCUUAAAGGGGACUCAAGAUUUCAACUUUAAAUUUCAACUUGAAAAUUUUUUUGGUUUAGCAGGGAACGACAAAGAAAGGUAUCACAAUGUAACACGCACGUGGGGAAAAAUAGGAAAACACACUCGUUGGUUAAUUUAAAAUUAUUGUGGAUAUAUUCGAAGCAUACACGAAUACGGUAUAUUUACCCACUGAAAUUUUUUUAACGACGUUACUUGUUCAAUACUACCCCGGUCUGAGAGGUUUUUCUUGAAAUUUUUCUCCGCUAGGAAUGAACGAGCCGCACGAAGCCACGGCGCCGAAAUCGAGUCGCGGGCGGGGGAGGAAGAGAAAAACCUCGUUUUUCUCUUCCUGGCCUCGUAGCGACUGGUUUUCGCCGCUUCAUGCGGCUCGUUCUCUCUGACGCGGAGAAAUGUUCAAGAAAAACCUCUGGGACCAUGGUGCUUAAAUACCAUGCUAUGCAUGUACUGGAGAUUGCUGCCAAUCUGUUAAUAAACUGAGACUGACUCAAGUUUUGUUUUUUGUUAGGAUAACGACAUUAUGGAAGCAAAUGUAAGCUUAGGAGAAUUACAGCAAAAGAUAAAAAGACUUGAAGGGUUAUGUCAAGUGAGGAUUAUUUCGUUUUUGUUGUUGUUUAUUUAAAAAGCUAUUUAUUUAUUUACAAGGCUCUUAAAAUUGCAUGUAACGGUAGCGAGAUUAAGCAAGUCACUUCACAGAAGCUACUUGAGGUAACUGAUUAGACAGCCACCUAAAUUUUACUGAACAUUUUGAAGCAGGCAGGCAGCUCGCGUAAUUUUAGAUGCAAAUAUAAGAGAUAUGAGUAAAGACCCUUUUAGACGGCUUGAUUGGCUGCCGUUUAAGGACGAAGUAAAUCUUCUAUGCGCAUAAGAAACGAAGACGACUGCCCAGACUACAUAACGAAACUAUUACGUAGAAACUCAGAUGAUCUCAGGAGUGACAGCAGAGCUAGCCGUUAUGGAAGGUUCAAUUUGGUAGGUCCGUUUUAUGAUAGGGAAACGGAAGCUGUGGAAUAGGAUUCCUCUUGACAUGUGCAUGCGAAAGAAGGACACCGCUGGCGCGUUUAAGAAUGCUCUUAAAAGUAUUUUUUAGCCGAUUUCUUAUGUGUAUAAUGUUUUCAUAUUUUUAAAUUCUAAUGUAAUGUACAUAUCACUUUUUCUUAUCUUAUAGUAUUUUAAAUUCGCUGUGUUUAUCUUAGUAGUUUUUAAUAUUCAUAAUUUAAGACUGAGGGCCACUAGUUCAUCCGUUUUUCUGUCAUCUGUCUGAUGUAUAUUGCCUUUUUAUCUUUUUAUUCUAAUGUACAUAUCACUUUUUCUUAUCUUGUAGUAUUUUAAAUUUUAAUUCUUUGUGUUUAGUUUAUUAGUUCGCCACUAGUUCAUCAGUUUUUACUGUCAUGUGUUACCCUCAUUAAAUAAAGUUGUUACCUUGUUACCUUAACUUACUCCAUUUCACCCUGCAGGAACUAAGAAAAACUGAAAGUACACUUAGGGCAGAAAGAGACCAGUGGAGAGACCAGGCGACAGCGAACAAACAUGAAGUGGAAAAACUUAGAAGUACGAAAGUACAUGUAGAAUACUUUAAACAUUUGAACAUUGAUGGAGUCUCUGUUGUUUGUAUAUGCGGUUUGGCAAUAAAUAACCAAAAUGCUGUUGAUCUGAACUGUGUUUACUGGUGAACAAAUGUAAAAUGUAAUCUUAAACAAACUUUGCGUUUGUGUUGUUCUAGGUGACAUAAGUAAACAGUUUAGUGACGCAGAUGAAGUACAAGCUGAACUAUCCAAGGUGAAAGUGUGAUUCUUUUUAGGUGAUUUGUCUUUGUAAAGCUGUCGUUGUUGGCGGGCGAAAGUUGUAUAUAAUUACUUUCGUAUUGCCGUGGCCGCCAGAAGAUUGGGAAGAAUAGAAGUAGUGACCCUUGGGCCGGACGUUGAGGCAAAGAAGACGGGAGAGAACCAAAGAAAACGCAAGCUAGAAUUUUAUUACUUGGCCAGUAAAUUUCAUUACACUUUCUUUUUUACAAAUGAAAGUAGAUUUCAAACUAAUGUUGGCCGGUAUAGUGCACAUUUUUCUCACUUGGUGCCUGUUACAUUCUUUGCGCUGUGAUAGGCUCUCUGGCUUGCUGAUUGUUGUGAGUGGUCAACUAUAAACAUUUUUUGUUCUAUAUCUCGCAGACUAAGCAAGAUGUUCUUGUGCUCCAAAAGGAACUUUUCUUAUCAGGUAAGAAAGACCUUACUUAGUAUUGUGCUUCUCUAAAAACACUUCUGAGUUAUUAAAAAAAGAUAAUUGUAUGAUAUCUUGUUUUAGAACUGAAUGUGCGUAUCUUUACCUCCUCGAGCGGCAACAUGCUGAGCAGUUUAAGAGUUGGAGUUUCUCGGACCUCUUGUUCCCAAUGGAAUCCCGAGAUCAAAACGCCUGUUGUGUUUAUUUGAUUUAUUUGUUUUAGUCAUUUGCGCGGCCCCAUCAGCCUUUGCCUUUUAAUUACUACCGAAGAUACGUGAAGGGAUUAUACAUGUUUUUCAUUAGGUAUAUUUUUCUGUCACCAGGAGAAAGAGAGAAAAGGAAAGACCAACUGCUUGAUUUACAAAAAUCAAAACAAGAGAGAACGGAUUCAGAACUUCAAAAUCUUCGUCAAGUAAGUAUAUGAAGGUCUAUCUGGCUAAUCCCCAUUCUCCUCGCGGCUUCGCUGGCCAAAAAAAACGUCAGUGGGACAAAGUAGUCGAGGAGCGCGUUAAAUCCUCCUAACAAUCGGCCACUUUAGGGUGCACUUCAAACUGCAACCUCAAAUUGACCAAUACUCUAGGGGUAAGAUAAUGUUAUGUCACGGGACGAUUUGCAACGACAAUUUUAAGGGCAACAAUGUUGUGACAGUAUAGCAACAAUGGUGUUAAACUAUAUUGCGCUGAAAAUCGUGGUUGCAAAUCUUCCCAUGUGCCAUUUCAAAGUUGCACGUCAGACUGGGUUGGUAUUGUGUCGAAGGAUUAGGACGUCCCUUUGGACGCACAAACAUCUUCUCCCAAAAUUAAACGUGGUUUUCUUUAAACGACCCUCCGAUCGAAAGGCCGCCAUGUUACCAUCGCGGGCUCAAUCAGUACAGGUCAUUGACAUUAUGUGUCAUACACGAACUCUGUUAAAACUUGCCUGGAAUUCUGGGUUUGUAAAAUACUGUACGAAGCCCGAUAAGUGCCAUCCACAUUUAAAAUUUUCUUUUCAGUAUCUUUUUCUCUUUUUUGGCGAUGUUUCAGUUGGCAUAAAAUGUGUUCCUAUCUUGAAAAUUGACGUACUUUUAAACCUUCCCUUUCUACACAAUUGUAUCCAGAAGUGAGAUUUUGUUUUCAGGGAUUUCCGCUGUAAAUUAACAUAGUAGCGUGGUGAUUAUUUGCUCAGAAAAUAAAAAUGACAAGUCUCUAAAUUGUCUACUGUGUUGUUUAUUGUGCAUAACGGCUACAGGACCACUUAUCCGUGAUUCUGGGACUCCUAGUUUUGCAGCUGUGUGAGUCCUGUGACUCACUAUAGCUGUUUUAUAGGUGUAUCGCCAAAAAACACGCAAACCUCAUCUCAGAGCAGGGCACCUGUUACAGAAAUCCUGCAACGCCGGGAAGAGAGCGUCCGAAAAAUCGACCCGAGAGUUUUUUGCUCGCGAUUUACAAGCCAGGACAUUUUUUUUAGUUUAAGUAAUUCAUUACAAAUAGAACGAAACUUAAGGGAUUGUAUUUACUUAUUUUUCUCUACAGAUCUGUGAACGACAACAACGCGACAUUUCCUACAUGCAGCUGCAGCUACAGAGCUCUCACGACAUGUUAUCUAAACAUGUUACAGAGGCUGAGUUAGUUCUUUUUUUUUUGCAGUUCUUUUUAGUUUCCUCUCAUUUGUAGUAAAAACCGUGAACAAUUCUUGCUUCGCUCACCCGCUCACAUAUUAUGCUCAGGACUUAUAAGUUCUCAGGACUUGGUGCAUUUUUUCCACCCCAAACUCCGUAUGGAUUUGUUUACUAAUUUACAACUGUCGUUGAUACUUAUCUACCACAUACAGUAGUUAAUGAAAUCCUCAAUUACAAUUCAUGCAGUUGAAAAGAAGAAAACGUUAAAGAACUAUGAGGUUUGACCGAGUUUUUUUCUUUCCGGUCUGGACAAGUUGACAAGAUUCACUGAAAAAAUGGUAAAACAUCACUUCUGUUUCAUUUGUAGUUCGCAAAUGUUAUAUGCACGCAUGGAUACAGGUCCGAAUCAUGUUCACAAUCCCAUGGAUUUACAACCAAAAUGAGUCUUUUGAAGAGCCAAUUACCUUUCUCAAUACCACAAAAUACAAGCACAGUAGUUCUAAUGGUAAUACAAGAACUACACCUGAAGAACCCCAUCUACUAAGGAACACAUUUUUUAUUCCAUUGCCGGAUUAGUAUAAGCGCCAUUGGCAAUUACUUUGAUUAAAGAUUAACAUUCCUUGUACGUACUCAAAUAGACUUUUUGUUGAUUCGUUAUCUUAUUCAUUCCAUUUACAUGUUCUUCCAUUCAUGUAUUUUCAUGCAGUAAGAUGUCUGAACUGGAGUCCAUUCCCCCUGAUGAAGAGAAGAAACCCAUCAAUAGCUUUUACGACGCGACAAGUUUUCACCUUAACGGGGACUUAUUUGAAAAUCAGGUAAAUAGUCUUUCUUGGCAAUUUCUUUAUCUUUGCUUUUUAAUUUUUGGAUAUGAGGAUUUUAGGCCUUGACGUUAGAAAACGGUCAAAACCAUUCGAUCCACGUCGGAGAAAAUAACACAAAGAGGAAAGCUUCAGUUUAGUCACAGCGGGUAAACUGUGAACAAACCGGCGAGCAGAUCGGUCACGAUUCUUCCAACAAAAACUGCAAUAUCUUUGUUUUCGCCUUUGAAAUUUACCAGGCUCUCCACGAUGAAUUUUGUCAGAGAAGACAAAAGAUUGUAUCAGCUACAUAUUAUAGUUUGAAGCCUUCUCGUGUGAACAUAUCGCAAUGUUUACAAAGGAAACAGGGGUGAGAUAACGGGCCGAGGCUCGUCUCUCGAAAGUCUCUGUAACUUUUCUGGUCCGUAAUCAAAUAUUGAAAUUGAAAUUUAAAGAAUGAAAAAGCAGGUUGUCCCUAACAAACUAGUCCAUUUUGUUUUGUUAACUGAUAACCGUAAUAAAAUAUAAGAAGUUGCCAAGCUUUUAACUCGUUCUUUCUUCAAUGCGCAAUUUUUAUUUCUGCCGCUUUUGAUCUUGGUAAACCACAGGUCUGGUGAUUAAAAGUUUUGUUUUCCUUCAGGACCAAGUGCCAAGCCGGUCAAUGGACUUUGAUGGUAUGUACAAUUUGUCAGUUGUUUCAGAUCAGACCAGAGAAAUUGAUUUACUCCACAGACUCAAAAGGUUUAAUGUUUGUCGUUUGAACGCUCCGAGAAAAUGGUCAUGUUUUAUCUUUUGAAUAUUUGAAAAGGUACAUUAUACGAUUUGUUUGAAUCAUGCCGUUUUCCUAGUUUCAUAUUUCUUCCCUUCUUUCUUUCUUUCUUUUUUUUUUUUCUCAGCUCCUGUAGCUUCUAAAGGUGUCGACGAUGACCUAUCGGCUUACAUCCCUGGUAAGAAUAUAAAAGGUUAUAAAGGUUUUGUUAUGAAACCCGACUACAGUCGCAAACAUACUCACUUCUAAUCGCACAUUACCUUACAAAUCCCUCUACUUGCGACUUUAUUUUAGGUGGUGGAGGAAUGUCCUCUCUUUCUAUGCACGCCACAGCCGGAAGUGACUUGGCUGACGAUUUCGACAAUCUAUCCCAAGAUCCAAUGCAACCCGCUGCGACAUCAGAGAGAGUUUUUGCAAGUUCUAAUACAGAAACGUUUUUGCCAUCAAGGUAAUUUGAAGCAAAAACCGUCCUGCUUGUUAGCCUCCCCCUUUUUUUACUAACAACAGCUGUGACGUUUUUUUUCUUUCUUUCUUUCUUCCUUCAGAAAUCCUGCUUACUUCAGCACACCUAACACACGAACAGACAUGUACCCCCCGCUGAGUAACCUGUCGAUCACGAGCGCUAGACAGGACGAUCAUAGCAACUUUCAGCUUCCCGGCUUCUCGGCUGGUAGCUCUGUGACACCUUUAAGACACAGCGACACCUAUAUACCUUAUUCAGCUGGUGUGUCUGUGACAAAGACCUCGCCCUCUAAGGUAAGUUUGACACCUUAUGAACUCGAACAAGGGCUUUUCCUCAAAUGCUGACAGUAGAAUUUCCAACGCAGAUUUUCUUUUGCCUUGUCACGCAUUCCCCCCAUAGUGCUUUAUUGACGUUUGACGAAGCAAUGAGUAUAUCUACGUAGUUAUUAGGUUCCUCAAAGAAUAGAACGUGCACGAUUAAAAAAAACGUUACACCCACAAUACCAAGCAACGAAGACUCAACCUACAAUUUCUAUUUUUUGCUAAACUUUUAACGCAAAUCUCCUAUCCUUACCCACCCGUUUUUACAUCUUUUUCUGCUAUGCGCGCACAACAUAAACGUUUUUUUUUUCUUUAGAAAAAAAAUAUAUCUGGCUGAUAACUACUAACGUAAUAAUUUAUGUAACUGACAGAGAUAGGCCAUGUAAUAUACUAACACAAGUUCCCAUAACUUGCUUUACAAGACAGCAAGUUUGUGUCUGCAAGUUAGUGAACUGCUCUCAGUUUCUUUCUUUCUUUUCAUUGUUAACCCGUCCUCAGGCCGAUGGGGAUUCUUCACCGACCAGUAAACUUCAUCGGCUGCUGGCGGAAUCUCGACAAAUGGUUCAAAACCUUGAACAAUCUACUACAUUCUCUUUGAGCGGAAGUCCCAAGCAGGUUAGCUUUUUGAAAAAGUCUCCAAUGGACGUGUAUCUAACCUUUGCACUUUAACAAGCACUUUGUUACAAGUAACAUAGGUAUAAUACUAUCAUUGCAACCCAUACCAAACUACAAUACAUAACCUUUUCCCCUUUUUUAAUCCCUCUUUUAAUACUCUAACUAACCAUUUCUUGUGGGUCAGCAAUAUUUUUUAAACGCUUAAGUUUUCACUCAAGUUUACAGGAGAUUUUUUGCCUGUAGAGCUUACAAUGAUUUUUUUCCCCCGCACUUGCACUGGUUGGCCGUUUUCCCGCCUUUUUCUAGUGGCGCCUAACUUACGUUUCCCGCUCUUAGCAGCAGUUUAAUUUCGACUGUUUCUGUAAACUUUCCUUCAACAUAAUAUUUGUUGAAUUAAAUUGGCAAUCAUUUGAGUAGAUCGCUCAAGAAUGUUGAGACAGAUGCCAACAUCCCUCUAGCCUUAAGGAAUUUCGGGGAAAAAAGCCGAACCCCUUUAAGCAGGCCUUAAAUUUGUUCCAGUUGUAUGGCCUAAAUGAGUAAUUGUAGCGGUUUUUUAUGGUUAAUGAAUAACACGCCCUUUUUUACGCGUCUAGGACUCAACGGUGCCCACAAGUGAGCAGUAUACACCACCGCAAAGGCACUUGGGAAGUCCUCUUCAUUCUCGCCCGAUACCGACCUCCGCUGAAUAAAACGUAAGCAGGAGGCUAUUUCUUUUUCUACGCCAACGAUGACCUUUUGGAACCGUAAUUGGUAUCAGAGGCUUUCUUACCCUAAGAACAGUCAAGAGCCAUAUUAUGGCUCUUGGAACAGCCUAUUAUUUUUCAGCCUAUUCUUAGAAUGCGUUACCUGUUAACUAUCUGUUUUUCCCUCAUGAUACUGCCUCAUCAGACGACUUCAAGAAUUAAAGUCUGUAAAAUGAUCAGCGUGAUAAAUAUGUUUUUCGUGACUGUACACACAGACUCGUAGGCCCCAUUUACAUGGAGAAAACUUGUCCCGGAUCAGAGUAGGGUCACUCGCAUACCCAAGCUACCCUGGGGAGGCGAGCCAACUUUUCAUACAUUUCCUUACAAAACGUGGCGAACCGUUUACAUUAUUGUAUGGUUACCCUCCUAGCCGGCAAGCCGGGCCAACUUUUCUUCAUAUAAACACUUUGGCUCACACACCCGGGGUAACUCGGUCAAGGCGAGACAAUCAAAGCAUGCGCUAGCGCUGUUGGCUGGGACAAAAGGAUGACUAAAUUCGACUCGGCUGGGAGGGUGACCAUUCAACCCGGGGCCUGAGAUAAUCUAACGUUAUUUCUUCCGUUUGUGUUUAUGCAACUCUCUUAUGUACUGUAUAAUUCACUGAUAAACGUUUUGUUGAUUUUCAGAACAAGUCAACACGACUGUAAACAGGAUAUAGCUUGUUGUAAUGAAGUGUUCCCUUGCAACGUCGUUAUGGUUGUUAUACGUCAAAGUAAUGUGAAUGGGCAAGAGAGAAUGAGCUUAUAGCAACAGAUAUACGUGAUUCAAAAUGGCUCUUUUAUCUCUUUCAAUCCCAAGAUAGACUACCGAACGUAAAUAUUAAAGAAAAAUCUCAAUUUUAAAUUUCCAAAAAUAUACUGAAACGGUGCUACAGUUUUUGUUGAGACCUCUUUGAUGGAGCACAAUUCUUUGUUUCUGCUCACAAAUUAUGACGGAAUAAAUGAAUCCGACGUUUUUAUUGGUCAACAGGAUCAAAAUGAUAGUAAUUCUAUUGAACGUUGUGCGCCGUCAGGUCCGCAAAAACAUGUAACAAAAAAAUCUGACGGACUUCAUAACCAUUCAACUCUAUUAACUACAGUUGGUCCCGUGAAAAGUUCGACGUUUGUCGCUGGCCUAGGUAACGUAACCUAGAUGCUUCAAUUAACUAUAAUUCUAAUUUGUAGUGAAGGUACACCUAGACUCCAUAAUAGAGUUGUUUUACUUAACCGCGCGUGAAAUAGAUAGUAGACUAAUACUAUUACACUCUAAUUGUUUUCUUCUGUUUACUUGUAAUUGGCCCAGAUUCUUACAUACUGUUUGCGCGUUUAGUUAAAUCGCUCUACUCUGUGCUUGAGGCUUUACCUUGAAUAUUAUGUCUUGAAUUUUUUAAUGAUCUAUACCACAAGAAACGAAAAAAGAUCAGCAAUAAAUAAAAGAGUCAUUCUUUAAUAUAUUUUUAAAGUAAUUAUCUCGUUAAGACAAUGUUCCCAAUACUGGUGUACACAACUCUACGUUCGUGCUUUAGUUCCGAAUUUGUAUACUUUUCAUUCGCAGAUUCAAGUUCAAAUCAUAGUCCUUUUUGCGUCAGGUCUUGUGUGGCUAUUGUGUGUGACAGUCUACUUACCUCUCUGAUAGAAGAACUUAGUUUUUUAUGGAUUUUAUCCUUUGUCUGGUGUAUUCCAGUUCAGUUUUACUUUUAUUAAUAUUAUUAUACCUGUAUUUAGUUGUAAUUUUCCUGAUCCUAGGAAUGAAAGUUAAAAGAGCAAUUUCAAGGGUCUCUAUGGUUUAUCAUAUUUUAUUGUCUGUUUGAUUAGGAUGAAACUUUUACUUUCCAGAUUCUUUAAUCCCAGUUCUAUUUAUAUUAGGAUGAACAACAUCAUGGUAGUGAAAAUUAUUGUUUAUCUACAAUGGAGGACAAAAAUCCUUGGGUAAAGUGUACAGGGGUGCACAAACUACAACAUUGCUUGGGGGAGAGGUGGAAAAAUUAAGGCAGAUCGUGUUAAUUGUCCUAAGAAUUUUGUCCUCCAUUGUAGACCCCUACGAAGUAACUGUACUAUGUACUUAAUCUAACAGUUACCACAGCAAAGCCGGAUCGCUUCAGUUCUUUUUUUCUUACUCGUUGAAUGAAAACAAAUGAUUUUAUUUAGUGUAUCAUAUUUAAUAGCAAGUAUUUAAAUGAUGUGAAUCCUAGAGUUAUGGUUUGAAUGAUUGAUAUAUCUAGUUAAUAUUUCUUUGAUCUGGACGAGUGAAAUGGAGCUGAAUUGUAGAACGUGAAAAAAAUAAACUUGUAAAAAAACCAGAUGCGUUGCUGUGUUACAAUUCAAACUUAAUUCGUUAUUGGAGACUUGGUCGAGCUGUUCUUGUUUGUUGAUUGUUUUAAAUUACAAGCUCAGUCUAAACUUGAAUAUGAUAAAGUAGAAUUCUUGUUUACGAAAUCAUUCAGAUGAUUUCCGAAUAUCGCAAACAACACUACCAAAAAUUGAGAUAAAGAAAAACGGGAACGAACUUUACAAGUUCAAAAAUACAGCACCAAACAUUUUCUUAUUUACAAAAUAAUGUAGCACAAAGAGAUGGCACAUUUUAAGAGUGAUCUGGCUAAAUCAGUGAGUUUAAGUUCUAGAGAAAUAAAAUGCUACAGGCUCAAAAAAAAAAAUAUAUCAUUCCCGAAAAGUGUGAUAGACCUCUUUAGCUUGUAUGUUUUGUUUUCCCAAUAGAGGUCCCAGGGGAAUUAACUUUUUGUGCUUCAUGGGUAGAUAUGCACGAAAAUAGACGAAAUUUGAAAGAAACCAUUCUCUAGAGUAUUAUCCCAUGACCUGUAUUAGGAACAUACAAGCUAAAGAGGUCUAUUGGCCUAGAUACCUUAACUUAGCAGACUUAGCCUGCGAACGCCAGACGUUUCUCCUCGCUCAUCGCUGCUGAGGCACGUUUCGCAAGGAGGAACGUCUGCGACUCAGCGACAGAAAUUCCAUACUGAUGACGUAAUUCAAUGUUUACAUAAUAAAUCUGGUAGUCAUGGGGUUCCAAAAGCAGAUUUGUUCAAUUUUACGAUUCUCCUGGUCGAUUUUGUGUUGUGUAUAUUCCACAGGUAUGGCCUGUUUUGUUAUAGAUUCAUCGCGUUUACUUUGCCUUCUGUCUUGGGUCUGUCAUUCGUAAACAAUGGCUAGAGCAAUGUAACUACUCCCACGUCCAAUCAGCGCUUAUGACCGGAUUCCGGACAGAUUUUACGUCAUCAGUAUGGAAUUUCUGUCGCUGAGUCGCAGACGUUCCUCCUCGCGAAACGUCCCUCGUCGGCGAUGAGCGAGGAGAAACGUCUGCCGUUUGCAGGCUAACCUUAACUUUUGACUGAUUCAUCGUGUGUCGACUCCAGAGCCUUGGGUUUUUUUUUGGGGGGGGGGGCGCUUAAUCCUUAGUCAUGCGCGAUACAGAAUAGCUGUGUCUCGGCUGUGUCCGGCCAUGGUCUGCUCAUGCGCAGUAGAGAAAAAAAGUUGUUUUGCUACUGCUGCAUUCAGUGCUCUCCUCAUCAACGCAGUGAAGUCCCUGAGUUGCAAGGAGGACCCUGGGAACGAGGUUGCCUGUGUUGGUGGCAAACUGCACACAACUUCUGCAACUGCCGGAAGUAAAACUUAUCCGCCAGUGGCUUAUAUUUGGAAAUUGCUCUAACGGCAAAGAAAAAAUAAACCUUGUGCGAGACAAGCCGAGCGUGAGUUUGUACACGUUAUAUUUCGACAAACGCUGAACAAAAGCAUGAAGCUAUAGUAUCAUAAUAAUUAAUCAUAACUAUAAACCGGUGUGACGAUGAGAUAAUUUAGGAUAAUGUAUGUACACCUGGUAAAUUGAAUUUAGACUACAAAACAGUCGGUUAUGCCCCCAAUAUUAUCAUUUGCAUUUUGAAAAUUACAUGACAGAAUUUCUCUCCCGUUAAAAGCCCAUGGGAUUCUGAGUUGCAAUUUCCCUUUCUAUUACAAGCCCCUCCGAAUGAAAUCCCCUCAAAAAGGCUUUUAAAAGGUAUAGAUCCUGGGGCUUUAGAACUUUGUGGUAUGACAACUACUGACAGCGCUUAAUUUCCCUCUCAAGUAUAUUGACUCCCAAUAUUUUGGUUUUGUAAAAAUAGCAAUGAAUUGCCGACAGGUAAAAACGACGGCUAUUCGUGUAUGCUGAAACAAAUUAAAUAUAGUCAGAAAUUUAUGAAUAAAUGUUUAUAACAAAAAUAAAAUGAAUCUCAAAAUCUAAUUUGAGAUAGUUUUGCAAGGAUCGUGAGAAAAAUAUUAUCGGCAAAGUGAAUCAAUUAAAAAAAAAUGAAAAAGAGAGAGAGACGGGAAAAUUCGUGCUUCCGCUACGCAAAAUUUGUUUCCAACACAAGAAAUUCCUAAAUCAAAUCAUUUUCGAGCAGGGUUUCUCCGCUUGUCACGUGUACCUCAAGAGUAGAGAAAUUAAAGCGGGAUGAAACGCGUCGGGCGCUGUCUACAAGUACAUGUACAGUUCGUGACAGUAUUCCGAAAAUUCCAUGUUUAAAAUGAAACGGUCCAUUUGAGUUAAAAAGAGUUCCAUCUCACAAUAGUUGAAACCCGAACAAAAAUAGCUUCUGGAGUUUUCCGUUCCACUUGAUCUUGCGGUUGGAAAGUACCGAGUUUCGGUUGAAUGGAUCGCCCAUUAAUUAACCAAAGGCUCUUCGAUUUUCUGGGAAGAUCGAAGGGCCCGGCUCUCACUGGUUCGAAGGAAUCUUGUUGCAAACGUGAACAGUUAAAUUCCUUCGAAGUAUUGCAUUCUUUAUUUUACUAGUAUAAUCUUAUAGUUUUCUUAUUUCGCUUUUCAUUAACAAUUCCAAGUGAACGAGGCAGAUCUUAGUUUUAAAUUCAAUCGCAACAGAAACAUACAAUUCAACAAAAAACUGUAAAAAGUUGUCCAUUGAAAACUGAUCUCUUUCUUUAAUAAUAUAGAAUUAAUUUGUCUUUCGAUGGUUGGCUGCAUUGACAAAACAGGUGAAUUGAACGAUUUGUCAAAAAGAGAGAUCCGUUCGCGGCAUUUCAGUCCAUUUCAAAAUGAAUUGGAUAUUAGUGUCUUAGGGUUGUGCCAACAUUUUGCUGAAAUUUCAGGAUAUUUCACUCUCGAUCCAGCACUUUCUAAUACCGAUAUAUAAAUUGCCUUCAGCCGUUUUGUCUUAAAUUCCGGCUACAAAACAAGUGACCAACAAUUGAUCGCAUAAUUGUCGCGUAAUUUUUAGGGCGAACGCACGUAAAUUUUACGCAAGUAAAUAAUUAAAAAUAAGACGCAAUAUAUGAAAGGUCGAUCGCUUGUAAGCGUAAAAAUUGAACCUCGCUCAACUUCUCGUUUAAGCUCAGCAAUUUUUAUCCUUCCCCUGCUUUAUUUACGUGAUUAACAUUUGCAUGCGUAAUUAAUGUAGAAGCCAAAAACGCGUCAGUGGAAAUCAACUUUCAAACUGUCGCGGCCUUGUGCUAUUUACCAAAGUAUAAAAAUAUAUUAUCAUGCAGAGCAUUUAUUUUGAGCUUGCUAGAUUUUAAAACUAAAAAAUUAUAAUUUAUUUCUUUUAUUCUAACAGAGAGAAAUAAAUCCGAUUAAUUUGUCUUUUACAAACCCCCUCGGAAGAAUAUUUUGAAUUCUCUGAAGGACUCGAACCCAAGUAUAUAUCAGCAGUAACUAGUUAGUAGUUUGGACAACUCAGCCAUUGAGCUAUAUGUAUUAUAAAGCCAGUGAGGGGGAUCAAACUAGUAAGGUCUCUUUGGAAGCGUCAUAUGAAUAUUCAAUCAAAGUGAAGUCCUUUUUAGCAACAGAGACUUUUGUGAUUGAGUAUUUCAGUCAGGAAUAUUCUCUGGAAGUUAGAUACGUUGUACGCCACUCUUAAAGGCUAAUAAGGUCUUAUCUUACAAGCAACUUUUUUGACGUCCCUUAACUACGUUUCAAAUCAAAGAAAGCAGACAUUUUAUUUUAAUAUGAACGUAAAUAACAUUAAAUAGUGUGAAAGUAAAGAGAAUAUGCAAAUAAUGUGCUCAUGGUGUGCUGAAUACGGUAUCAGCGACGUACCAUUAGUGACAAAAUGAUCACUUAGCAACCCUUAAAAAGAGGAAGACAUAUUUUUUCAGAUCCUAGGAAAUUACCAGUGUUAGUUGUUUUUACCAACCAAGUGCCAUUUUACAAUUUAUCAAGCAGUUUGUUUUAAGUGUAGAUUGUUCUAGUCAUCUAUUCAAAACUUCGCAUUGUGUUCAUCAUUUCAAGGAGAACAAAAGUGAAAUUUGCAUAAAGUGGUUGUGUUUUUCAAAACAGUGCUGGCAGCGAUCAGGCCUCCACGGUAGAUGGCAGGUUAAAGCUGCAACCAGCUACCACAGUAACGACGAAAAUUUCUAAUUGCAUCGCUGCGUUUCAUUCUUUCGUAUUGAACUGGCAUCGUAAGUGCGCUGGCUUCGGCAGAAGACUUCAACUAAACACUCUGAGUGGCAAGUUAUGAGAAAGCAUGGAGAGAGCAGUCGACGUGGUGCAAGACCGCGCUCCAAUAUGGCUGCGAUCGAUGCCUUCCGAAGCUACAAAAGAUCAACACAAGGAGUCUUUUAAGACACGCGGACCUACAAGAAAGCCAGAAGCCCUGUGGUCUAAGACCAAAGAACCAGAGAUCGUCCUCGAGACAGAAGCCUUCCAGAAGAAGAAGCAGAAGAAAAAAUUGGUAGAAGAUGACGAGCUUGAUUUCACUAAGGCUCGAGAGAAACUUCGAGAAAAGUUUGAAUAUGUGCUCACCAUUCCAGCUGAAAUAAAGGAAAAGCUUCAGUCCAUAUGUCUGCGAGAUACAGCUUCCAGAGUGGAAGUAUCAGAGGCCGAAGAGUCAAGAUCCGGUAAAGAAAUUGAUUUUGAUAGAGAGUAUGACAUCAUCGAGUUACAUGAGCACAUAUUGGUUAUUGGAGGAGCAUCAGGGGGACAGGGGAAUGAGCCGACUGAUAAAGUAGAAGCCUAUGACAUUAUGAGCGGAGAAUGGCGACAGAUCGAACCCUUACCGCUGGAAACUACGGCUUGUUAUGCCACGGCAAUUACAGGUAAAGUCAGUUAUACAACAAUAACCACAAUAUAUACACUAAGUCUGUUCGAUAAGCAUCACAAUAAAUUUGUGACAACUUCCGUUUGGUAGGCAAUAAUUCCUAACAUAAUAAAGGUUCUUGGAACAUCAUAACCGUAACAAAUUCUCUAAUCGCCAGCAACUGACCUGUAGUAAGAAAAUUCAGUUGGUUGAUCAGAGCAUAUUACGUAAUUUUGAGUCUUUGAGAAGUGGAACAGCUAUUAACAGACCCGAAGGUUAUAUAGUAUUAGAGCAACAUAAUCAGUGCGUGUAUCCUUUACAUCAAAUUGUUAAAAUAUAGCAGCACGCAAACAUGAGUGUCUUUGUUUCCGAAAGGAUCUUUCACGACAAGCACUCAACACAAUACAGAAAUAAUGUAGAAGCAAUGAUCCGAAGCACGCCAAUCUCUGUCACGUGCAGUUUUUCUGUUUAUGUUAAUAUUAAAAUACUGAUUUAGUUAACAGAAGGUCACCAACUUCCCCUGAAAAAAAGGCUGUACACAAGCUUUCACAGACUCCUCCUCACCUCAAGAUUUUUCGGCAGCUUACACAAGAAAGACGAAACUACAGGAGCGUCAAAAAAUCAAUAGGUUGCGGAAUAAGCAAAAUCAGGCGUCAGGCCUUGCAAAACAAACAUCUCUUCACGUGCACUCACUGCACGAUUACGACGUGAUCUUUCGUAAUUUCGCCAUUUAUGAAGGACGCUGGAAAACACAAGAUUCUGUUUCAUUCUCUGAACUUGGAUACGGACCUUACGAAUUCCAGUCUAGCAAAAUUCGCAUACUUGUUGGACGGAAUGGAAUCAUCUCGAUCAGGGGAGUUUGCAAAUAAUGCGAAUUCACCUUUUACGAGCGCGGUUCGAUUGACCGUAAUCCGGAAUAAAAAUAAACGGAAUUGACAAUACAAAUAAUUUGUUUUGGUAUUUAAAGAAAAAAUCUGCUCGAAAUAAAACAUUCCGAGGUAUGCAGCGUUUAAUUGGCCAAAAAUCGUUGUAGAAGAGAUCGGUAACAUAACUUCUGCGUAUUGUUAUUCCUAGCCUGCGAAAACAUCCGUUUCUCCUCGCUCUUCGCCGAUUGGGACGUUUCGCGCGUCCCCAUCGGCGAAGAGCGAGGAGAAACGGAUGUUUCGCGCAGGCUAUCUUAUUCCAGAAUACGCUACGAUCAAUCCAACGCACCUUUAGUGACGUUUUCGCUGACGUCGCUGGCUGGGGUCGGCCUUACACAGACACAAAUGAAAUAAUUGCACCUCAAUUGGUGGCCGGCGUGGGCCUCCAGGUUUUGAUUUUUAUCCUCGACGCCUCCAAGACCUUUACUGAAUGGUCUACAUAUUGCUAGACCCUCACUAAGGUGGCUCAAUGACUGAAAGUAAACUGAUCGCCCUCCUAUAGGUACAAGAAUUAACUGAGCCUUUACAAACAACGGGGGAAAACUACAAGUUUGUCUAUUGCGUUUUUAUUAAUAAAAUAGUUGUCGUGGGAAAUUUUCCGCCAAAACGCCUCCAGUUGCCUGUGGUCUAAUAGCUGUUAAUUGAGAUAUGUUACAUUGGUAUGCCUGCGGUGCGGACGGUCGGACAGGCGUACAGUCACGUGAUGAAUGAAAUUUCUCGGAUUCGCCAUUUCCACAUUUCCCAUAAAUGCACCUUAUUGGCCCCCCAAAAUUUUGCAUAAGCAUCGUUUUAAAUUUCUCUUGGGACAAAUGUAAUAACAGGAGAAAUGAAAAACAAAGGUUAUGCAAAAUUUGCGGGGGCAAAUAGGGUGCAUUAUCGGAAAUGUGGAAGUGGCGUAAGGAUGGAUAACCAAGUUUUCUUAGGUAUGAGGCUCCACUCGAACGCUCGAAACGCGUGUGGAGCUCUGCUAAAACAGCAAUAUCCUCAUGGUAGACUUAAAGCUUUUAAGCUCCCUCCUGCCCUAUUGACACUGACCAGGCUUCAUUCUUACCAGAGCUGUGACUCUUAUUUCAGGUAUUCCUGGGAUUGUUGUUGUUGGAGGUUUCGGCGACUGGAAAGCACUGAAUACAAUCCAGAUGUAUGACUGGGUGAGCAAGGAGUGGCAUGUACUCAAACACAUGAGAAAGAGACGCUGGGGGUGUUUCGCAACAGGAACAGAACACGGAAUUGUUGUGGCUGGCGGCUGUGAUCAAGGCAGUGUCUUAAACAGCGUGGAGUUGUACAACAUGAAAAAGAAAGAAUGGUACACAUUGCCCUCAAUGUUGGAACAACGCUGCAACUUCGGUGGUGCUGUCAUUGGCCGCAAACUGCUGGUAGUCGGUGGUGGAGCUGGUUUUUAUUUCAACAGCGCCAAAAACACAGCGGAGAUUUUUGACGGAGAGCAAGGAAAAUGGACAAAGUUACCGCCUAUGAGGCGCAAGCGUUAUGGUUGCGCGGCAGCAGCGUGGAAGAACAAACUUUUCGUGGUUGGAGGCUGUGACAGCAAUGGAGAUGACAUCUUAAAUGUGGAGGCGUUUGAUAUCGAAACUCAUGUUUGGCUCGAUUUACCACCAUUACCCGUUGGGUAUUCGUUGUGCCGGGCGCAUAUUGUUCAGAAUAUGCUGGUAGUGUUCGGGGCUGAUGGAGGAGAAAAUGCUAAUAUCGUGUAUGCCUUGGAUUUUGAACUUAACAUUUGGAGCAAGUUUAUGGAAAUACCGCAAGGACGUAACGCUUAUGCUAUAGCAGUGGUUGGUGUCUAGAAACCGAGAACAAUUAGCCUGCGAGCAAGAGCUCCUUUUGGGGGAUUUCGUGAAAAGUACACUUCACAGCUUCGCGGCUUCCUCGCACGUCCUCGAGUGGCUCGUUUCGCUCGCCCAAAUAGAAGAACUUGCUUGCAGGCUAAAGAGAAAUUUGGAAGGGCCUUUAACGAAGAAAAAGCAUUUUGUGUCAUAAAAUUAUACUAGAGAAUUUCCUUCCAUGCAUUUUAUAUUUAAAUGGUCAAUGCUUAGUUUAACUGAUAAAAUACCGGAAUUUCGAAUCUUGCGAGCGAAGUUAUUUUCAUCAGUGGCUGUAAUAAAAACUGUGUUACAAAAAUAGCAAAUAUAAAAUAAGUGACAUAACUGAUCCUAAGUUACUGGCCCCUUCUUCACUCUGCAAGGUACGUUGUAAAUGUAGGAAACCUGUUCCAGAGCACAGGUAUCUACCAAAUACAGUUUGAUAUAAACGAUCAAACAGUGCAUUAACCGAGCGAACAAUGUGUCUGCAAGUCCGUAAUGGAGUUUAUAUCAGUAAGUGACUGUCUAUAAUCAAGUCAACUACGCGACUGACAAGCGACGCGAACGACUUCGUAAACGCUAAAAGCCAUGCAGGAGAGAAACCUCUGCAGCUCGCGCAUGGUAUACAACUGUAUUUUGCUGCCCAUAGUGAAGUAUUGGGCAAGGCGAGUUGACCGUAAGCGUUAUGUAAAAUGUGUUUUUUAUAUUUUUUCACAGAAUAGUAAUAAAUGUUAGACGAUUGUUUACAGUCACUCUACGAACUGAAAAGCCUUUACUAUUACGCUUCAGUAGUAAGGGUUUUGAAGUCGACAAGCCGAAACAAUGCAUGCCUAAGGCAAACAUAUACAGAAAGAUGUCGAAUAUUUAUUGGGAUUGCAUUAAACACAAGAUCGACGUUGUUAUUAUAAUUCUUCGUAAAGGACACUUAAUGUAGACAAUUUUGUGGAAAUUUUUCAAUUAAAGAAUUUCAUAGGCUGCUUUUCAUAAAAUUUUAAUAGUACGAUAGGCCAUUUCCGAGUUUUGCCCUAAGCCUCUGUUUCAAAGCGAGGCUAAGAGCCAAGCCAUUGACAUGCAAAUGAUAUUAAUCAUAGCUCAUACAAAUAACACUCAUUUUCAUUAGAAACGUUUUGCACGUAGCCUAGUUUGAAAAGUAGAGAUUUUAUUGAGACUUGGAAAUGGCCUGUUGACUUGAUCGACGUUUUUGCUAGCCUAGCAGGAGGACUUGGCCUGCAAACGCAAGCGUAUUUCUGGUUUCGAGUGGAGACAAGCUAUGUCUGCGUUCGCAUGCUAAGGAAAGAAGAUUGAGCUCUGCUUUUUGUUUACACUAAACUAGCCGCAUUUCAUACUAGCAGCUGGGAACGCUAAAAACACUCAUGGGGUAUUUUCUUUUUAUUUUCCACAUAGCUGAAUAAAAUAAAUCCUCGUGCACAAACACUGAAAAUAAGCUGAAACAUGUAAAAUGAAAGGUAAAAAAGACUGUAAAAUUAUUUCGAUUAAUUUUAACCAAGUUUCGGUUUGUACUGCAGUUUUAGUUUGCCUGGAGUUCAUGUUAACCCUUAAUUACAUGUUAACCGAGUUCAAAAUAACGGAACUCUUCAUCAUAUCUAUUGCAAAUCAAAUAAACGCACAUCGGAUUGAAGCAAUAAGAGUGGCGCCGCCUUC